AUGGGAGAGCGCGUGAGUGCAGGUGAGGGCAUGGGAGAGCGGGGGCGUGCAGGUGAGGUCAUGGGAGAGCGGGUCAGUGCGGGUGGGGUCAUGGGAGAGCGGGUGUGUGCAGGUGAGGUCAAGGGAGAGCGGGUGAGUGCGGGUGAGGUCAUGGGAGAGCGCGUGAGUGCAGGUGAGGUCAUGGGAGAGCGGGUGAGUGCUGUUGAGGUCAAGGGAGAGCGGGUGAGUGCAGGUGAGGUCAUGGGAGAGCGGGUGAGUGCAGGUGAGGUCAAGGGAGAGCGGGUGAGAGCGGGUGAGGUCAUGGGAGAGCGGGUGAGUGCAGGUGAGGUCAUGGGAGAGCGGGUGAGUGCGGGUGGGGUCAUGGGAGAGCGCGUGAGUGCAGGUGAGGUCAUGGGGGAGCGGGUGAGUGCAGGUGAGGUCAUGGGAGAGCGGGUGAGUGCGGGUGAGGUCAUGGGAGAGCGCGUGAGUGCGGGUGGGGUCAUGGGAGAGCGCGUGAGUGCAGGUGAGGUCAUGGGGGAGCGGGUGAGUGCAGGUGAGGUCAUGGGGGAGCGGGUGAGUGCAUGUGAGGUCAUGGGAGAGCGUGUGAGUGCUGUUGAGGUCAUGGGAGAGCGGGUGAGUGCAGGUAAGGUCAUGGGAGAGCGGGUGAGUGCAGGUGAGGUCAAGGGAGAGCGGGUGAGUGCGGGUGAGUGCGGGUGA